AUGAUGAGCCCACCAACUUCCUGGCAAGAUGCCUACGGUUACCAACCACCAACAUGUCAAGAUCCAAAUUCGAAUUGGUUCCUGGUCCCGGUCGGAGACCACCGUGUUCGCGCCGGCGGUCCAACAAAGAGGCGAAGUAGUGGUCUCUUUCUUUCCAUUACGAAAGACACGCUUCAGUGGUGGCGGUAUGGGCUUCAAGCUAUGGUUACUUGGAUGAGGGCGUUUCAAGUGGUUAAGGAGAUAAGUUUGAAGUCUGUGGAGGCUAGAGUGAUUCGAGGAGGUGGCUACCAACUUAGAGAAGCUCGUUGA